UUUCUCCUAGUGGACAUGGAAAUUGGAAAUCACACCAUCCUGACUGAAUUCAUCUUAUUGGGCCUCUCAUCAGACCCCAAGUGGCAGUUGAUUCUUUUUGGAAUAUUUCUGAUGCUCUAUUUGAUCACCUUGUCUGGUAACAUGACCCUGGUUAUCUUAAUUCGUAUUGAUUCCCACCUGCACACACCUAUGUAUUUUUUCAUUGGCAAUCUCUCUUUCUUGGAUUUCUGGUACACCUCUGUGUACACUCCCAGAAUCCUGGCUACGUGUAUCUCAGAAGAUAAGCGUAUGUCACUGGCUGGAUGUGGGGCCCAGCUGUUCUUUUCCUGUGUUGUAGCCUACACUGAGUGCUAUCUUCUAGCAGCCAUGGCCUAUGACCGCCACAUGGCGAUCUGUAACCCGCUACUUUACUCAAGUUCUAUGUCCCCUUCUCUCUGUACCGGACUCGUUGCUGGCUCCUACAUAGGAGGGUUCUUGAAUGCCAUCGCUCAUACUGCCAACACCUUUCGCCUGAGUUUCUGUGGCAAAAAUAUCAUUGACCACUUCUUCUGUGAUGCACCACCACUGGUAAAGAUGUCAUGUACAGACACCAAGGUCUAUGAGCAGGUCCUCCUGGGUGUUGUGGGUUUCACCGUCCUCUCCAGCAUUCUUGUCAUCAUAAUUUCCUAUUUCAAUAUCCUUCUGGCUAUUCUGAGGAUCCGCACAGCUUCAGGAAGGCACAAGGCCUUCUCCACCUGUGCUUCACACCUGGUCUCGGUCAUGCUUUUCUACGGAUCCCUGCUCUUCAUGUACUCAAGGCCAAGUUCCACCUACUCCCUGAAGAGGGACAAAAUGGCUGCCCUGUUCUACACUGUGAUCAACCCACUGCUCAACCCUCUCAUCUAUAGCCUGAGAAACAAAGACAUCAAAGAGGCCUUCUGGAAAGCAACACAGACCAUAAGGCCACAGAGAUGAAAGUUAUAUAUAUUUUAUAUAUUUUGCAGAAAGCUCUCAUUGCAUUUUCCAAGUUAUUGGUUUAUAAACAUGUUUGGAAACAUUGCCAUA